AUGUCUCUCGCUCGCGCUUUUACCACUCGUCGGGCCAAGCCGGCUCUAGACUUGAACGAUACAAAUGGCCUUCAGCGUAGCAAUACCAGCACCAAACGCCAUGGAUAUACUGGAUCUAUUCGCAACAAGAUUUCUGCCCCUACCGAGUUGACGCAUACCACAAAUAUGCUAGCAUAUAACGCGCCAGAUUUAUACCCCAAGAAGUCACCGUCAACGAUUUCAUCCAAAGCAUCAGACGAUGAGUCUGAUGGCAACCAAACCAGCGCGUCGUCGCCACCCACCAGUCCAGAUGUUGAUUCCGUGGAUGACAGAUCUGUCUCUCCUGAACCAAACCAUCUGUCUUGUUACUUCACCGCCCCUGGCCAGAAGUUGCCAGUCGUAGCAAUGAACGAACCACCCAAGAUUCCUACGCGGGCUCUCUCGCACACCAAGAAGGCAUCCUUCGACAACCUAGCCCGGCAACAAUCACUACGCCAAUCUAACCAGUCUCAAACCUCCCUCUCCAGCAAGGCCAGCUUUUCUCUAUCGAGGUCUUCUUCAACUUCGACAGCGGCCACAUCUGUCUCAUCGAUGUCCUUUGGCCGCAGCAAGGCAACAAUCCCAGAGGUUCCCGAGCUUCCAGUGAUCCCUGCAGAGUCAACAGUAACUGCACCUUUGCCAAGCAGGCAAUUAUCUCAGAGAAAGCCCGAGCCGGCAUUUACUCAUCCGUUUGGUCAAGAACUCGCGCAGGUUUCCGAAAUCGCCGAGGAGUUUGGUGUAAAGGACAAGAUGCAUGCCGCCAACCAAGAAGAGCAAGAUCUUCUUCGAAAGGGUCUCUGCAUCUUUCAAGCGGAAGACUACCUCAAUGAGGUGUCAAGUGUGUUCACUAAGUUCUUCGCGCCGGAACCAGCCGAGUCACAGCCGAUAUGGAUCUAG